AUGCCAAAGCCCGCAAGGCCCGAGAAGACCCUAGAGACCCGGCUGAAGGAAGCGAUCAAUGCGUUUGAAGAUGCCGAUGCGCGCGGAUCGAGCGGGGCGGACAAGUACGAGAUUGAGGUGCAGGAGUUGAAGCGGCAGGUCGCCAAGGAGAAGAAGGAGUAUAAGCCUCCGCAGCAUCCUGCGCUACAAUUCGGCCCACUAUCGAUGACUGUCGCAAGCAUGGCGAUCAUCUCGCUCGGCCUUAGUAUCCUGGACCUACCGAGGGACAUGAAGGCGUUCUUUAUCCUCUUCAGCCGGAUCACUAUCGUCGCUGUCGUGUGCCUGGUCUCGUAUACCGCCGUGAUAUGGUAUGGGUACAACGAGGCCCUCAAAAAGAUGCCCGUCCCGGAGAGCGAAGCAGCCAUCAAGUUGGCCAAGCUGCUCAAGAGCAAGCCGGACCGGCCGGACGCGUGGGCUCACACCCGCUCCCAUCCCUCGGCAUUCCUUACUACGCGCAUGGCCCCACCGCGCCUCUUUCCUUUCCCGAUGGGCAAGACAAGGCCAGAAGCGAGUGUCAAGGAUGAGCUCUGGUGGGAGGGUGGUAACGCGCCGCACGUCGGCCACUUCAACAAGCCCAAACUCCCUCAGCCUCCCGGACCGCCCGACGAAGAAAUGCUCAUCGCGCGCGUCAAGCAGGGGAUGGAGAUUGAUAAACAGCGGGAUUUGUGGAAGAGGCGGAUAAGGGAGGUACAGUAUCUCAGCUGUGUAGUCGUCACGUACUUCAUCAGUAACAGAAUCGCCAUCCUCGCUCUUUGCUAUCUCAUCUACUCGACACUCGCGCGGGAACUCGAGAAUAUGCUGAGGCCGCCAACGAGCAUGGACGAGGUGUAUCACUUGAUUGACUCGAUGAGCGCCGCUUCGGCGAGGAUGCAGUCCGCGCCCAAGGGCGACCUCAAGAAGCGCAAACCCGGAGGCGGCAUGACCUACAUAUACGACCCCUCGACAGCGGACCAGAGCGGCCUCGAGCCCAGUGCGAAUAUCCCAGUCGUCCAAGUCCCGGCGCACGUCUUGAUGACUUCGGAGAAUAGCUGGUAUGCCGGUCCUGGCGAUCCCAUCAAGAAGGACUAA